UAGCUUAAGACCAAAAAACGCUGCGAAGAUAUCGAUAGACCACGAAUUCUGUGAAAUAAUUUUAUAUUUUAUUGAUUUUGGCGAAAUUCUCGGUUAACCAGGUAAAAGAAAACGUGUUUCGAACCGCUGCACGUGCGCUAAGUGGCUGCACCUGUCCGCCGGCACCGUCCAGGCCACGAAAGUCGGUGUGCUGGGCCACCGGAAUCGGGAAUCACUGGAGUCUCUGUGGUCCACUUGCACCACCACCGCCCCCCUAGGAGUUGCGCCCCCUUUUAAAUUACAGAGAAGUGUCGCCUUUUCUCGGAAAAUGGUGGACGCCGCCAGGCAAAUGCUCGACGAGCUGAUGGGCAGGAAUCGCAAUCUGCAUCCCUCGGAGGCGGGCGCUAAAGUCAAUUGGGAGGAUCCGGAGUUUUGUCAGUUCUACAACGUCAAGUUCUGCCCCCACGAUCUGUUCAUAAAUACCCGCGCGGAUCUGGGUCCCUGUGCCCGUAUCCACGACGAGGAGGCCCGUCACCUGUACGAGGACGCCCGUCCCUCGCAACGGAAGCGCCAGUACGAGGAUGAGUUCCUGCGCUUUUGCAAUGUGAUGCUGCACGAUGUGGAUCGAAAGAUCCAAAAGGGCAAACAGCGUUUGCUCCUCAUGCAGAAGGAUCAGCCCAAUGCUCCAGCUCCAUUGAGCAGGCAUCAGGAGCAGCUGGUCAACCUGAAUGCCAGGAUCAACAAGCUGCUCUCCGAAGCGGAGGAGGCUGGCAUUCGUGGGGACGUGGAUCAGGCCCAAGAUCUGAUGACCCUGUGCGAGGAGCUCAAGGAGGAGAAGGAACAGCUGGUGCAGCAGUACGAGGCCCAUACCAAGGCCAUCAGUAGCAUCAGUUUGAGCAGGUCACCCGAGCACGAGCUGCACAACAGUCCGGGCACAAAUCCCAGCGAGGAAACCCCAAACACCCCUCUUCCAGCCGCCGCGGCCGCCACCACCGCCGAUGAUGCUCUGGAGGCUGCUCCAAGUUCUGCAGUAGCAGCAGCAGCAGCAGCAGGAACCUCUCCACCGCAGGAUGGCGAAGGAGCUGGAGCAACCGGCGAGGAGAAGACAGAGAACAAGGCGGCUGCCUGGUCGCAUGACUCCCUGCCCGAGAAGCAGAUGAAAGUGUGCGAGAUCUGCGGCGCCUUUCUGAUCGUCGGCGAUGCACAGCAGCGGAUCGAAGACCAUUUGAUGGGCAAACAGCAUUUGGGCUACUCCAAGCUGCGCAACGCGGUGGCCGAGAUCAACGAUGCGCGCCAGAAGGAGCGCGAGCAGGAGGAUCGGCGUCGGCGCGAGGGUCGAGUUCAGCGCUUCCACACCUACGACAACAGGCGCGAGCCACGCAACGAGUACCGAGAACGAAGUCGCGACUAUGUCCAGAAUCGCCAGCCCUCGGAUCGGCGACACCAUCACCAUAAGUCGCACCACAGCUCCCACCAUUCGUACUCGCACAGUGGUGGCGGUGGCGGUGCCGGUGGGGGUGGCAUUAGUGGCAACCGGAGCAGCCGGAGCCAUCACAACCAUAAUCACUACCGCCACGAAAGCAGGGAGCGACAUUGCCGUAGCCGGAGCCGCAGCCGCUACUAGAGACCAAAUAAAAAAACAACAGAAUAUUAACCAAGUGAAAAACCAGAACCACAAGUAAAUGACGUGUAGAAGUAUAAGCUGAAAGUCAGGAGCAGGAGUUCCCAAAGCCCCUAAACGAAACCACACACAACUGAAUAUGAUCAAGAACACACAAUCUCUCGCCCAUCUGCAAUCCUCAAUCUUCACAAUCCGUAAGCAGCAGCUGCCGCAGCGAAAGGCGGCAGCAUCGAGGUACCCAAAAAAAAAAAAAAACAAAAAAUCAUUAACAAAAUUUUGCAAAAUAAUAUGUAUCAGAAAACAGUUAAAAAGAAACAGUAUCUGAGCUGGCAGAGCGAGUGCGCUGAGGUGAGUCGAACACUUGAUAGACCCGUAAAAAGUAACACUACGGCGCCAUUGUGCCACUCCACAUUCCGUAGACAUACUCGUUUUCGUACCAUAACUAUAUAUCGAUCUUUUAUAUCUGUGUACACACACGUGUCCCCCUCAAUGUGUGUACCCAGUUGGGUUCAGAUCCGUCGAGGAUUUCACGAAGGUCAGUCCUUCAAAAAAGACAGACGGACGAACGAAUACAAGUUUAUUUUAAAUUCUUUCUUAUGAUGUAUUAUGCUUAAAGGUUAUCUGCUUCAGUUUUCAACACACUGGCUUAAACAUAUUUAAUUUUGAUCUUUAAAGGAAAUGUUUUUAAACUCUAAAAGAUUUUACGUUUAUUUUCAAGUCUAACAAACUCUAUUAAUUUUAAUAGAAAGCGAAGUUUUUAUUUUCAAAAUAAAUAUAUAUACAUUUUAGUCAUCAGGUUUCUAACGAUUGUUAUUAGAAAAGCAAAAAUCAGUAAAAGUAACCAGUAAAUAUUAAAAGAGUUGUAAUUAAAUAUUAACGCAAGUCAUAUUCGUAUUAAUAGUUAAUAGAUAAAUUAUUUUAUUAGUCUUCUAUUAUAUUUUGGAGUGGUUCCAUAGUUUGAAGAUCAUUUAAGAUCAGUUUGUGUCAGACUUGGGUUUUGUUUUACCUAAAAUAGAAUAGGGAAUUUCGCAAUAAUCUUUACAGUGUUUAGCAAUCCGGUUUCUAUAUAGAUAGAGAUAGGGAUAGAUAGAGGACUAGGGCGUUACGGAGCGUUCUUUGGACGUUUCCCUUGCAAUUGGGAGUGGGACAGUGACUGAACCAGGUAUUUACCAAGCCUUACUGUUAUCUCUAUGCGCUUAACUAACCCAACAGAAACAGAUCCACGCAUCUCAUGCAAUCCUCUCCGCACACUCCCACCCCCCACACACCUAUCUACGCCACCCCCAAAACACAAGAAAACACCCCAUAGUCCAUAAACCAUAAAUGAUAAAUGUAUAUAUAGUAAUAUAUAUAGUGACCUAGAGAGAGAGACUCGUACUGCAUGUGCUUCUGGCUUGGCUUGGCGACUGGGUUGCUGGGUCAUUUUGUGUGCGAUGGGAGGUUACGGGUUUCGAGUUCCAAAGAUGAGGUACGUAGUCGAAAAUGUGAGAAAGUGACGGACUGAGGGAGUGAGAAAGAGAGAGGAGCACAGGUACAUUUGAUCAAUCGAUAAAAACCAAACAACCGAAAAGCCGUUUCCAAGGAGGAAGCUUUGAAAUAUUGCUAUCCUAAUUCGAGUCCGAUUGUUUGAAAUAUUUAAUACCAGUUCUUCUAGACUUUUAAGCCUUAUUUCCCAUCAGCUUAUUAGAAAUUGUAAUAUAAAUAUUGAAGUAUUGGUAAAAUGAUGUGAAUAUUUUUUGUUUUACUAGAAAUUCAUGAGUUUAGCGAACUUUAAAGUAAGUGCUUGCCUUGGAAGGGGUUCUUGAAGGCUUCGGCUUGCCGUCGUAGAUCUACAUGUUCCUUUUUUUUGGUAUCCCUCUCUCAUUGUUGUGGUGUUCUGCCCCUCCCAUCCCCCUAUGCACUAUCGUAUUUCUUAAGAUAAAAAAAAAAAAACUAACCCCAGCGAAAUCUUCAAGCCAAGAUUCCAAGACACCCACGAAAAAACACGAGGUAAUUGAAUUGCUAAAUCGAAUUAAAUUAUAAUCAAUAAAAAAAAAAAACAAGCUAGGCAGAGAGCAGAGGGAGACAGCAAACAGAGCACAGACAGAGAGGGCGAGAGAGUUCGAGUUCCUAAACCCAUACAAGUGUAUGUUCAUGUUCCCCCUCCUCUUCACCAACAGGUAAAUUGUGACUGACCCCCGACCCCAAAAAAAUAAUGAUAUUGAUAUUGAUUAAGCCCAUUUUUGCCAUUUCUGCCAUGUGACACGAUCAGCCGUAGGUUGAAUCUCGGUCCAGAGCUAAGAAAACUCCUCGUAGAUGUAUGUUCUGAACUGUUCGUGCCACAAAUAAAUAAACCACACACUCAGAUGACUCCUGAGCCUAUUUCUUUAAACACGAUCAGCUCGAAAUUAGUCUAAGAUCCGCUAUCCACCUAUUUACCACCCAAAACUUUUGGUCUGGCUCACUCAACUAACACUUUUCUUUCUGCAAACGAAUUCCAGGAGCUGCCAACUGAAGAACGGAACCCAAAAUUAUAGAAAUGAUUGAAAGGGAUAUAUAUGAAGAGAAAGAGAAAGAGAGAGAGAGAAUGAGAGAUAUAUAUAGAGAGAGAAGAAGAACCAACCAGGUAACUUCUAUGCCACACCUCCCCACAUAAAUGUUUCUUCACGACAGACAGACCGAGAUCCAAAGUCCGUAAUCCUGAAAUCCAGAAAUCAACGAUCUUCAAACGGCGAUCAACGAACGAUCAGUGAUCGGAGAAAGAGAGAGAAGAGUGAAAGAGAAGGCAGAAAGAGACACUCGUGUAGAACUUGUAUUAGGCAUGAUGAUACAAUACAAACGAGGUGAAUUUCAAUUUCUCUCAUCUACUUAUAACUAUUAUGUAUAUUAUUAUAUAACUCCAAUAUCCAUUACUCUCCACCCAUCCUUCGAUCGGUCUUAAUAAUCGUAAUUGAGAACGCGCGGGUUGUUAGCUGUCAGUUAAAUAUUAAACCAUUCGAAGAACCGUACAUAUAUAUGAAUGUAUGGGCCGCUUUAGUUUUGCGUCCUCACAGGCUGAGCUCCCGUUUACCCCAUGCCUGCAAGGACCUCACUACCCCUAGUAAACUUAGAUCCUAUUCACUAAUCCAUCACCCCUUUUGUUUUUGGUUAUUACGAUCACCUAGCAAAUUAAUCAAUUGAAUUGAAUUCCCAACGGGCAAGCAAAAGUUAGAAAAAGAAGAAAAACGUUUACGAAUGCAUAUUUAAGUAUAGAGUAACCAGUCAAUACAAUUUGAUCGAUCGCCUGUAGUUAUGUAAAGAUGUUUUUAAUUAUGAAUUACGAUAUAUAAGUAUAAAACAUUCUAUUGAGAGACUCGCAAUAAUUUUCUAAUAAAGAUCAAAGUAAAUCCCGAAAACGAAA